GUCCCGAUCAGUCUGCUAAUACAUCUCGCUCAUGGCAAACCCAUGCACCGCGCUUAUCUGCGCAGGCGCAACGAGCCUCUCUACCUUGGCUUCAAGUUCCCCAUAUACAUGCUUUGCUCUACCGCUAACCAGUACACAACCAAGUCCACGGGGGCCCUCAGCCACACCCUUAGAACGAGCAAGGCCCAGAGGCGGCGGCCUAAAAACCCCCCGUCCUGCAUAUAGCCCAGGUUGCGGCGUGACUCAGAUGAGGCCGGGUGCUUCUUCAACCUUCAUCCUCUUUUUACCCGCUGCUCUGGCGUACAGCAAACAGCGCAGCAGAAAGCACGUAAUCGUACGUAUUCGAAAUAAAGUGACCCGCCGAUCAACCCGUUUCUGGACUCGCCACCGACUCACUGUCCAGGCUCUCUCCGGUAUCCUAUAAUGGCCUCCGAUUCAAUCGAGCUUCGCAGCACGGGCCACGGAUCCACGACCAAAACACGUGGAAAUGACACAAACACACGUGGAAAUGACACAAACACAAGCGGAAAUGACACAAACACAAGCGGAAACAGCUACCCCGAGGGCGGCUGGAAAGCGUACCUGGUGGUGCUCGGGUCGCACCUCGGGCUCAUGGUGCACUUCGGCAUCCUCAACGCCGUGGGCGCGGUGCAGGCGUACGUGUCGUCGCACCAGCUUGCCGGCGAAGCGGUGUCGUCCGUGUCGUGGGUGUUCUCCAUCUACAUGUGCCUCCCGUUCUUCUUGGGCGCGCUCGUGGGGCCCGUGUUCGACCGGCGCGGCAGCAAGCAGCUCCUCGCGGCGUCCACCGCGUUGCUUUUCGCGGGCUUCCUCGCGUUGAGCUUCAGCCUGCUGAUCGUGGCGUUUCUUUUCUCGCUCUCCUUGUGCUUGGGCACGGCGCACGCGUUGGCCAUCCCGCCGCUCGUGUCGCUGUUGAGCCACUGGUUCUUGGUGCACCGCGGCAAGGCCUUGGGGCUCGCCAGCUUGGGCGGGUCCGUGGGCGGCACCAUCUGGCCGCUCGUGCUCCAGGCCUUGUACGGGUCCGUCGGCUACGCGUGGGCCAUCCGCGUGGUGGGCGCCGUGGCCGUGUGCCUCCUGGCCGCGUCCGUGUUUCUCGUGGAGCUGCGCUUCACGCUGCGCACACACAGCCCCCCGGAGCAGGCCGCGUCCAAGACGCGCCGGCUCGCCGCAUCUAUGCGCCGGCACCUCGACGUGAGCGCGUUCCGCGAACCGCGGUUCGCGGCGCUCGUGGCGGGCGUGUUUCUCACGGAGAUCGCGCUUCUCAGCGUGGUCACGUACUUGGCGUCGUACGCCCUCGCGCACGGCUUCAGCGAGAAGCACUCCUUGCUUCUCUUGACGCUCUUGAACGCCGCGGGCAUCCCGGGCAGGUACCUCCUGGGCCUCAUGGCCGACCGCUACGGCAGCGUGAACACCAUGGUGGUGAUGCUCUCGGGCUUCUGCGUGUCGAUCUUCGCGGUGUGGCUCCCCGGCGGCGGCUCCGCGGCGCUCUGGGGCUUCGCGGCGUUUUUCGGCUUCUGCAGCUCGUCCAUCUUGAGCCUCACGCCCGUGUGCUUGGGGCUGUUCACGCCGGUCGCCGUGUUUGGCCGCUGCUACGGGCUCAUGUACACGUUCAGCAGCACGGGCAUUCUCUUUGGCAUUCCCGUGGGCUCGGCCAUCAUCGACGACAGCUCCGUGGCGAGCUACCGCAACUUCACGGUGUUCUGCGGCUGUUUUGCCGUGGCGGGCACCGUGUCGUGGGGCGUGUGCCGAUACCUCCUCGUGGGGGCCAGGCUCAACGUGAAAGUGUGA